CUUUUGAAAGCUUCUGCGAAUGGUCAUACCGAUAGGGUGGCCCACUUAACCUUGUUCGACCCGGACCGCGAAUAUGCUGAUGAUGUUCACUUUACUGCCUUACAUCACGCAGUCUUGAGUGGUUUCCAGGACACUACAGAGGCAUUGAUACGAGCUGGUUAUGAUCCCAAUGCGAACAGUCUUUACGGUACCCCCUUGUGCCUGGCAGCCUUCAAGAGUCGCGGAAACAUCGUGAGGACGCUUCUGCAGCAUCGAACCACAGUUGACAUCGCAUGCGCGACCCUUGGAUCAGCUCUACAUGCCGCUUGCAUGGGACAAGAUGAAGGUGUAGCGGAAGCCUUGUUACAGCACGGUGCCAGCAUA